AAUAUUCUCAAUCCCACCUUCACACUCCGUGAUUCCCGGCAUCUCAAAAACUUCCUCCUUUUUCUUUCCUCUCUUCUUCUCCCCCAAAUUCUCUCUCCUCCACACCCACCCACACAACAACAACAAAUGGCACCUUCCGCAACCAUCACAAUCUCCGAUGCAACACCAAACCCAAACCACAACCUCUUCAACAUCCUCUUCAACACCACCCACUUCAUCUCCACCACCGUCACCUCCGACCCUUCCGUCGCCUCCGCCUGGCUCGCCUCUCUCCCUUCCUCCCCCACGCCUCGCCUCGUCGGUCUCGACAUCGAAUGGCGCCCCAAUUUCGGCCGCAACUUCGACAACCCCGUCGCAACUCUCCAACUCUGCACAACCACAACAACAACAACAACCACAAACAACCACUCUCUCUCCUACACUUGCCUUAUCUUCCAAAUCAUCCACUGCCCUCCUCCACUCCCUAAAUCUCUCUCUGAUUUCCUCUCCAAUGAAAACAAUGUUUUUGCUGGUGUUGGGAUUCGAUCCGACGUCGAACAGUUACUUGUGGACUAUGAUCUUGGUGUUAAGAAUCUUGUUGAUUUAGGAGUUCUUGCUGUUGAGAAGAUUGUUGAUGCUAGAAAAGGAAUGGGGUUGAAGGAAUUAACCAGGAUUUUAAUGGAUGUUGAAGUCAAUAAGCCUAAAAGUGUUACUUUAAGUAGGUGGGAUUCUGAGUGGUUGAGUUAUGCUCAGAUUCAGUAUGCUUGUGUUGAUGCUUUCUUGUCUUUUGAAAUUGGUAGAAAUUUAAUGGCUCUUGCUUCUGUUACUUGAUUAAUCCUCUCUCAUUUAUAUCUGCUAUAUGUAGCGUUGUUUGGCAAUUAGCGGAUAGCUGAUAGAUGAUUAUAUUAGCUGAUUUGACGAAUCGAUUGAAUUAGAUGUUUAUUGAGAGAUGUGGUGUAUUUGAGAUUAUAAGGAGGAACUGGAAUCUGGGUUGUUCAAUUUCUAAAGUAUGUAAUUUUCGAUCAUAAUAUGUAAGUGUUUCUUUUGGGUAGUAUGAAAAAGAAUAUGGUAGUUAAUUUGAUAAAUGAUGAUGAUGUAUAAGGUAGUUAAUUUGUUCUAUGUU